AUAAACAAUAGCCAAACAAUAAUGAUAGUUAGGAAAAAAGCUUUCUGUUAUAUAAUUCGGCAUACCGGUUCGACUUAGGCGCAGAGUUGCGUCAUUGUUUACAAAAGCAGCAAAGCGAAUAAGUAUAUUUGUGUGGUUUCAUACGGACUUGGUUAGCAUAAGCUUACUUACUGGAUCUGCCGCCCUAGAAUGGUCCGGAAGCGGCUACCAUCGGAGUAUUAAUUAUUAAGUAUUAUUUUACCGCGCCAUGCCUUUGCAUCACUCGAUCACGCCAUGAAAAGGGCUUCUUUUGAUUCAUUUUGCCUGACAUUUCUUUCCUAUCGCCUACCUCUAGCGCUGGACCCGUUGUUUCUAUUUACAAUUUUCUUCCUGUCGCCUGGUUUCCCUCUCGCCUCCGAUUAGGGAGUUCUGAUCAGGAUGUCAUCAAUCACUAGCCCCGCCAACCCACCGGUGGUGAUAGAUUCGGCCAUCCAGCAGAUAGGCAAUACGCCUUUGGUCCGGCUGAACAAAGUCCCAAAGAGUCUGGGAAUUGAAGCGACCGUGUAUGCAAAGCUGGAGUUCUUCAAUGCAGGCGGCAGUGUCAAGGACAGGAUCGCAUUGCGUAUGAUCGAGGAGGCGGAACGGACAGGAAGGAUAAAGCCUGGGGAUACCUUGAUUGAACCCACCAGUGGUAACACGGGUAUCGGAUUGGCCUUGGUUGCGGCAGUGAAAGGCUACAAGACAAUAAUCACGCUUCCCGAGAAGAUGUCUGCAGAGAAGGUAUCCGUCUUGCGUGCGCUCGGUGCCACCAUCAUCCGUACUCCCACACAAGCGGCAUACGACUCGCCUGAAUCCCACAUCGGUGUCGCAAAACGCCUCGAGAAAGAACUGCCCAAUGCGCACAUUUUGGAUCAAUACAACAAUGAGAACAACCCUCUGGCACAUGAACUUGGAACCGCUGAGGAGAUAUGGACACAGACGAAGGGAAAGAUCACAGCGAUCGUGGCAGGCGCUGGAACCGGAGGCACCAUCACCGGUCUGGCGAAAGGGUUGAGAAAGCAUAACCCCAACGUCAAGGUUAUCGCCGCGGACCCCUUCGGAUCAAUUCUGGCGUGCCCAGCCUCGCUGAAUGAAGAGCAUGCCAACGAACCCUACAAAGUCGAGGGUAUCGGAUACGACUUCAUACCUAAAGUGUUGGACCAGGACAUAGUGGACAAAUGGUACAAGACAGGCGACAAGGAAUCUUUCCAAUUGGCCAGACGUUUGAUCGCCGAAGAGGGUCUGCUUGUGGGUGGCAGCAGUGGAAGUGCCCUGGCGGCACUUGCAAAGGCCGCGGAGGACAACCAGUUCGGAAAGGACGAUGUUGUGGUUGUCAUUCUACCAGACAGUAUCCGUAGUUAUCUCACUAAGUUUGCGGAUGACGACUGGCUUGCCGCAAAUGGCCUUCUUCCCUCUCCGCCCGUGGAACCUGCAGAAGGUGUCCCUGAAUCGCAGGCUCAGCAGAAGGAUCCUUUGGCUGGAGCUACGGUUAGAUCUCUCAGACUGAAACCAGUGACAACAGUCACGGCCGACUCGUCAUGUGAGGCUGCCAUCGAGACAAUGCGUGAGAAGGGCUUCGACCAGCUUCCAGUGCUGGCACCUUCCAGCAGGAAGCUCGUGGGUCUCGUCACCUUGGGCAAUAUCCUAAGCUGGUUGACACAUGGACGAGCUAGUCCAAAGAGCCCAGUCUCAGAGGUCAUGUUUGAUUUCGCGAAGCUUACCGAAGUGGUCACGGAUCCGAGAGAUAUUAGUGACAUCGACGCGAAGCAGUCUUCCAAGCCCAAGGGCAAGCGCCGCAAGUUCGUUGAAAUCACUCUCGACACUCCUCUCAGUGUCCUGAACCGAUUCUUUGAAUGGAACAGCGCUGCCGUGGUCACCGAAAAGGAUGAGAACGGGACAGUCAAGCCAGUGGCCGUAGCGACCAAAGUCGACCUGCUCACCUGGAUGUUGCAUCGGUCUUAAAUAAGAUUCUUGUUUCUGACUCUUAUUCUUUUUCGUUUACAGUCUCAAUUAUUUGUGUAAUCAGUCAUGAUUGAUGUGUUCUGGGAAUUCAACUCGAACAGAACGGUGGGCGUCUUGAUAGAAUGUGCGUGAUGUUAGACCGGCAUAGGAUUACCGUCUCAACACUUGGCGUGGGGAAAAAAAAGAGAGCCAGUAUAAUUGCAUUUUGAUUCUGUUCGCAUCCUACAAUCUUGCUUGAAUUAAUUCUCAUAUUAGUAGACUAUUAUAGUGUUUCUCCUUAGUCCAGUAUCCAGAAGGAUGUC